AUGCAAGUGGAAAUAACUCCCGAAAAAUAUCCAACAGAAAAGAAGUUCAUUUGUCCAAAUCAGGUCGCUAAUAAUUUGGACAAAUCUAUUAACAGUAUUAUAGAAAAAACUGGAUUCGUUACAUAUGAUGUUGAAAAAAUACCUCUUAGUACAAACGGUGGAAAUUAUCUCGGAUUACUACAUGAAAUAAAUAUAAAAGGAGAAACAAAAGAAGGCACCAAAGAGUUGAAUAUUUUCGUGAAGUGCAUUAUCCCUGGUGAGAGCGAUUUUCAAAUUCUUUCGGUGACUGAUGUUUACCAAAUCGAAGUGUUUGCUUAUAAAGAGUUCCUGAAGAUUAUCGAUGAACUGCAAGAAGAGGCUCAAGUACCGAAAGAAGAAAGAUACAAAAUGGUCAAAUGUUACGAUGAAAGCAAUUCCGAAUUUGUGAUCAUGGAAAAUAUAGCAAAGAAAGGCUUCACAACUGGCCACAGAUGCGAUGUAGUGUCACUAAAGUUUGCCGAAUUAGCUAUGCAAGAACUUGCUAAAUUCCAUGCAUUUUCCUUCGUACUACAAGAAAAACGACCAGAAUUUUUCGAACAGAAGAUUAAACCUUUGAAAACACCUUACACGUUUUGUGAACAGUUUAACCAAUUUACUCGGAGUACGGUUAAAAUGACGAUGGAUAAUAUUGAUGAUGAAGACACUAAGGCAAGAGUUGGCAAGUUUUGUAGAGGCAUUGUGGAAAGAUAUAAAAAGCAUUUUACCGAUGAAACUAUAAGGCGAUGCUUGUGCCAUGGUGAUUAUAGGCCGAACAAUAUACUGAUGAAAAAAACCGAUGGAGAAGUAUCAGAUAUAAUACCGGUGGACUAUCAACUGAUGCACUUCGGCUGUCCAGUGCUAGACAUCUUCUAUUUCAUCAACAUAAGCACAGACCGAGCAUUCCGACGAGCUCACUUGACACAUCUCAAAAAUUUGUACCAUGCAACGAUGACCAAUUUCUUAAAGAACUUCGACAUUGAUGUCAAUUUGUACUAUUCUAAGGAUCAGUUUGAGAAAGACUAUAAGGAUAACUUGGAUUAUGGACUAUCAUUGUCGAUUAUGUAUCUUCCUUUCAUGAUGGUUGCUGAAGAUGACAUACCUGAUGUUACGAAAACUGAUAUGAGUGAAAUUAGUUUUAAGCUUCAUGAUUCGUACAAAGAUAGAAUUAGAGGUAUUGUUGAGGAUUAUAUUGAGUGGGGUAUUCUUUAAGUAAUCAUUGCCUCUUUUAAAUUAAAUAAUGUAAAUUUUUAUAGUAGUAGGCUUACAUAAAUAUUUGUUUAAUUUUCAUAAUAUUUUUGCUAUCAUUAGCUUUUAUCGCGAUAAAAAUGGUUGUCUCAAGUCAGAUGCUUCUGAAAACUAAAUAAAACAAUUUAUAUUCUAACUUCAAUAUAAACAGAACACUGGUUCAAGGCAAAAUAUGUCGCGUGUGCGCAAAUGUCAUUGACCGAAUAUGUCCGAAGCCGAGCAUUUCCGAAGAUUACCGAACCCUUCCGAAUGAUCGGACUUGUGACUAGUGGUCGUCGUUUUACCUUAUACCAGUUUAAUCUUCAAUCUGUCAGUACCGUAGUGUAUUGUGUUUUCUGUGUAAAUAUUGUAAAUUAUUAAACAAAACUGUGUGCUGUGUAUUAUUAUGUAAUACGUAUUUAUCUAUCA